AUGGUGGAUGACUCUGCACGUGCUCGACUGGACUACCUCUGGGCCCCUGCAGUGGCUGAUAACGAUUGGGCGUUCCACACGUCCAAGUCACCAGCCGUGCAGAACUUUGUGGAUGCAGCUGUUGCCUUCGGGAAACAGUACACCCUCCCGUCCCCCUUCAGGGUUUCUGGUGUGCUUCUUCAGAAACUGGUGGCGGAUACCGAGGACCUCGUACGUCCCCUGAAAGAGAGUUGGAACACUAGCGGCUGCACCAUCUCCGUGGACGGCUGGACCUGCAUGAAGAGCCGUGGGCUCGUGUGUGUCAUAGCCCACAAUGACACGGCGCCUGUCAUUGUGAAGACCGUGGACUCCAAGACCGCGAAGAAGACGGGGGAGUACUUGGCCGGCCUCAUCCGGCGCUCGAUCGCCGAUCUUGGAGACAAGAAGGUUGUCCAAGUGGUCAUGGACAAUGCGUCCAACAACCGAAGGGCGGCCGAAAUCCUUCGUGACGGGUUUCCAGCAAUUUUCUUCAACAACUGUGCGGCGCACGUCCUCGACUUGAUGCUUCACGACAUCGGAAACAUCCGUGCAGUGAAGCGGGUGCUUAACCAGGUGCACAGGGUGGUUAUGAUCGUCAAGGGCAGUGCGUCCGCCGUCACGCUCUUCCACGAGUUGUUUAGCACAUUAUCCUUGGUGCGACCCGGUGCAACACGCUUCGGCACGCAGGUUAUCAUGCUUACCCGCUUCCUGGAAGUAAAGAGAGCGCUCAAGGAGAUGGUGAUAAGUGAGGAGUGGGAGGCGGUGGCGGUGGCACGGUCUGACGAGGGGCGAGCUGUCCGCCUGCUUCUCUUGGAUGAGGUCUUUUGGGACUGCGCGACAGCGGUCCUCCGCCUCAUGACUCCCGUGUACGAAGUGCUGCGGGUGGUUGACACGCGUGCUCUAGUCAUGGGCCAGAUCUAUGGCCUCAUGCUAGAUGCCACGGUGAAGACAAAUGAUGCGGCAGAGGCAGCAGUCACGUCAUCUGAGGUGGAACGCUAUUGGUCCGCCAUUGCACGUGUGCAGAGGCGGGACCGUAACCGCCUCACCGCCAAAAGGAUGAUGGACGUGACUGAGGUGGCGUUCGCCAGGAGGGCCAGGGAUGCAUUCGAUAGGAAAUCACGGGGGAGGGAGAAGCUUUAUGCCGAUCUGGCCAACGGCACCCUCAAGCAAGGGUCUACCAUUGAACCUGACGGGUCUAGUGGGGAGGAAGAGGAGGAGGCGGAUGACGACGAUGAGGAGGAGGAGGAGGAGGAGGAGGAGGAGGAGGAGGAGGAGGAGGAGGAGGAGGAGGAGGAGGAGGAGGAGAAGGAGGAGGAGGAUGAGUAG